AUAAAGCCGGCAGCUCCAGACUGUGCGCCCGGAGCCCUGAUUUGGACACCAGGAAACCUUAAAAAGGCUUAUUCCAUUAAAAGCAAGAUGGCUGAACUGAAUACUCACUUGAAUGUCAAGGAAAAGAUCUAUGCGGUUAGAUCAGUUGUCCCCAAUAAAAGCAAUAAUGAAAUAGUCCUGGUGCUACAGCAGUUUGAUUUUAAUGUGGAUAAAGCCAUGCAAACCUUCGUGGAUGGCAGUGCAAUUCAAGUUCUAAAAGAAUGGAAUAUGACAGGAAAAAAGAAGAACAAUAAAAGGAAAAGAAGCAAGUCUAAGCAGCGCCAAGCCAACAAAGACGCUAGAGACAGGGCGGAGAGGCCUGACGUGGGGCCCCUGCAGCCUCAGCCCCUGCAGCCUCAGCCCCUGCAGCCACAGAGCAGACUCGUGAACUGCUGCAAGAAGGACAGCUCGUCCACCCACUCUGCCAGCGAGAAACCAGCCCUGCCCCCUAGACAGAAAAAGAUCUCGAUACUCGAAGCACUUUGUGGGGUCACAGAAGGCAACAGACUACUGCAACAGAAACAAUCCUUAGAUGGGAACCCCAAACCUAUACACGGAACAGCAGAGAGGUCAGAUGGCUUACAGUGGUCAGCUGAGCAGCCUUGUAACCCAAGCAAGCCUAAGGCGAAAACAUCUCCUGUUAAGUCCAAUGCCCCUGCAGCUCAUCUUGAAAUAAAGCCAGAUGAGCUGGCAAAGAAAAGAGGCACAAAUAUUGAGAAAUCAGUGAAGGAUUUGCAACGCUGCACUGUCUCCCUCACUAGAUAUCGCAUCAUGAUCAAGGAAGAAGUGGACAGUUCCGUGAAGAAGAUCAAAGCUGCCUUUGCUGAAUUACACAACUGCAUCAUUGACAAAGAAGUUUCAUUAAUGGCAGAAAUGGAUAAAGUUAAAGAAGAAGCCAUGGAAAUCCUGACUGCUCGUCAAAAGAAAGCAGAGGAACUAAAGAGGCUUACUGAUCUAGCCAGUCAGAUGGCAGAGAUGCAGCCGGCCGAACUCGGGGCAGAAAUUAAGCACUUUGUCAGCGAGCAUAAAUAUGAUGAAGAGCUCGGGAAGGCUGCCCGAUUCUCCUGUAACAUUGAACAGCUGAAGGCCCAAAUAAUGCUCUGCGGAGAAAUUACACAUCCAAAGAACAACUAUUCUUCAAGAACUCCCUGCAGCUCCCUGCUGCCUCUGCUGAACGCUCACACAGCAACCUCUAGGAAACAGAGUAACUUCUCCCGGAAAUCAUCCAAUCACAACAGGCCCUCUGAGGGCAAACCAGCAAACCCCAAAGUGGUGAGCAGCCUUCCCAUCACUGCCGACCCCUCUCACCAGCCCAUGCCAGCUAACAAGCAGAAUGGGCCUUCUAGCCAGAGACGAAGAUUUAAUCCACAGUAUCAUAACAGGCUAAAUGGGCCUGCCAAGUCCCAGGGCGGUGGAAACGAAGCUGAUUCAAUGCGGAAGGGCAAUGCCCUCCAUGAACACAGGAAACAGCCGCACAACGGUUUCCGUCCCAAAAACAAAGGCGGCACCAAAAAUUAAGAGGCCCCCUUGGGGACAAAGACCCCGGAGGCCCCAGCCUAUUCUGAAAAGCCCAGAAGAAGGCAGCACGCUCCAGACGCCUCCGAGGCCAGGCCCUUCCAGGGUAACGUGGGGAGGGUCUCACAGUGCAAUCUCUGCCCCACGAGAAUAGAAGUCUCGACAGACACCACGGUCCUCUCAGUUUCUGCUGUGACGUUGGUGGCCUGAGCUAGGAGAGAAAAGAGCAGUUUUCACUCACUUUGAUUCCCUGCCCGAGGUGCUGACCCAACUGGCUGCCAAAAGAGAGUCAAUCAGAAUAUACAAAUCCUGUAUGGUUGUGUCAUCCUCUCGUAAAUCAUUUUUACUAAUUGUAAUAAUCAGCUCUAGCUUGCUUCAUAAUUUUCAUGGCUUUGCUUGAUCUGUUGACGCUUUCUCUCAUCAAGACUUUGCAGCAUUUUAACCAGGCAGUAUUUACUCAUUUGUUAGGAAAAUCAAGAUGUGGCUGAAGAUCAGAGGCUCAGUUAGCAACCUAUAUUGUAGUGGUGAUGUCAGUUAUUGAUCGUCUUUAGAGAGUUAAUGUUGAAAAAAAAAAAAAGAAUUCUUAAUGAUCAGACAAAGAUGAUCUGCUGAGGACACGUGCGCUUUUGUAGAAUUUAACAUCUGGUGUUUUUCUGAAAUAUAUAUAUAUAU